CCGACGUUGUUUUAUCCGCGAGUUCCGCUCGUGGCGGACUGGGUCUCUCGCGCACGGAUCAUUUUCGGCGAGCGAAUCGCGAGAGAAAUCCGAGGAAUAGCGCCCCUCCUGCGUAAUCGCGCGUUUUCGCACGCCGACGAGACGAGAACGCGCGACAAGUGUGAUACUUCGGUUCGCGCUUAGAAAGAAGAGGAAGUAAAUCGUUAUCGCGCGCGCCAAUCGUGCCAGCGUUUUACAAAAAAGUGCUCCCUCAAAAACUCCGAAACUCCAGGUCUCUCUUUCUCUCUCUCUCUCUUUGCUCACGGCAAAGGCUUGAGCGCCGCAAUGGCGGAGGAGCGGCACGGCAACGUUCCUCUUCUUUAAAAAAGAAUUUUUUUCUCUGCGAGAGACUUACGCACACAUGUUAAAUCGUUUAGGUUUUUCGAGCCACAUGUUUGACCAAGUACGGAUUCGUUCCACUGGUCUCGCCGCGCGAGCUCGCCCAGAAAACCGAAGACGAGCGUGUUAACUUUGCGUUAACUUUAUUACGUUUCUCGUUUUUUACGUCUUCCACGUCUUAAGCGUGUCAGAACAAUGUGCAAUGUGUUGUUCACCGUAGAGGUACUACUGUGGCGGCCGAAGUGAUCUCGGUGUGGUCCCACUAUAUAUUUGUAUCACCAUUUAUAUAUUCGUUGCCGUACGUAAUAGAGACCGAGAAUCGCGCGCGAAUUUCGACCAACAACGUUUUCUACGUACAGUUUUCCCAAAAAUUAGCCGAUAGCCGGGUGUUAAAUCGAGAUGCUUUGUCGGUUGUGACUCGUGGACCUUUUCGAAUGAGUUCGCGCCACGCAAUAUUGCGCGAGUAAGUACAGAAGAGGAAGAGGAGGUGGAGGAGAAAGAGGAGGAGGAGGAGAAGGUGGAGGAGACGGUAGUGGCGGAAGAGAAGAAGGAGGAGUUGACGGACUCUAAUUUGAGUUCGCGAAUCGCUCGUACCUGACAAUGGAAUACCGAGAAAGAAUGUGGUUGAUCGCUCGGUAAACCGCGCUCCACGUGGUAGGUGUUCGUGAAAGUUACGCGCCAAUAUCGCACGAUUAAUAGAACACGGGGAGAGAAUAUACGGACGCGCAGAGAGCGGAGGCGCAGUGCCGCGAGCAAGAUUCCUGGCAGCGGACUUGUGAGACGCUGUGUGAUUGUUGUCGCAAAAGUGUGAAGAUAAAUACGUUGUAUCUUCCCGGGGGAGAAAGAACAAAAACGAGAAAUAGAGCAAGCACGUGAGAGAGGGUUAAAGAGAGUGCGCGAGCGCGAGAACUAAAAAGUUUUAUACCGGAGGGUUGUUGACUCGUGCUUGCUCGAGUCGAGUAACACGAGUCUCUCCGUGUAUAAGCGCGAAAUCGCGAAAGGAAGGUGGAGCGAAGUCACUCUCUCGUCGUCUACGGGAACAAAUCCCCGAAAAUAUCGGUAACAGAUGAGGCCGCGAGCGAUCCGCAACUGUGGAGCGAAGGAGUAUCGAGGUCUCCGUAAUCGUUACUGCGAGAAUCGCUGUUUCUGACAGCCGGACGCUGACAAGAAGGACGGACUGACGGUAGUGCGCUACACACAGCAGCUGCAGUGUUUGCGAAUACUCGAUGGAUGAGUUCCAUCCAUUUAUUGAGGCUCUUCUACCGUUCGUGAAAUCUUUCUCGUACACAUGGUUCAAUCUACAAGCUGCCAAGAGACGAUACUAUAAGAAACACGAAAAGCGGAUGAGCUUAGAAGAGGAACGUCAGUGUAAGGAGGAACUCCAGAACGAGAAGUUGGAAGUAAAACAGAAAUGGGCCUCGCGGCUUCUUGGAAAGUUACGGAAGGAUAUCACGCAAGAAUACAGGGAGGACUUUGUACUGAGUAUCACGGGAAAGAGACCAGCGAUGUGUGUUCUAAGUAAUCCCGAUCAGAAGGGAAAGAUGCGCCGAAUCGAUUGUCUUCGGCAAGCGGACAAGGUAUGGAGGUUGGACCUAGUUAUGGUGAUCCUUUUUAAAGCAAUUCCAUUGGAAUCGACGGACGGAGAACGGCUAGAGAAGACUGCGGAAUGCGCGCAGCCGGGCCUCUGCGUCAAUCCUUAUCACAUCAACGUUUCCGUCCGGGAACUAGAUCUCUAUCUCGCCAAUUUUAUCACGAGUCACGAAGUUCUAAAUGGUAUCUGCAACGCCAACAAGGAGGAGGACAGACGACGAAAAGGUACAGGAUACCACGAACUAUAUAACGGUGUUAUCUGCAAUGACACGAUUCUUGCGACAGGUGUCUUCAGCUCCAAAGAGCUCUGGAUGCUUUCAAAAGCGUCCAUACUGCAUGACCUCAGCGACAUGCAGCCUCAAAUAAACGCGAUCAAAAUAGAGCACCCGCCGUACUACUGCAGCAGCUACACCCCUCCAUCCGCAGCCACGACCGCGGAUCACGUUCAGCCGGCGGCUAGCUUCAGCCCACCACCGGUUCAUCAACUGAUAAGGAACGAUAAGACUGAAAAGCCGCCGACAGUCUCGGUUUCAAACGCGCCGACGUUCUCGUCGGUGCUCAGGCCAGAAGACGGACAUCGCGGAAUAGAAUCGCCGCAUUCGCAAACGGGAUUGCAUUCACCUCAUGAAGGACUAACCGGUGGUUCCGGUCAAAGUAUGUCUGGACUCGCUUAUUACCAGCCAGAACAUCCCGGCUCUACGGGGGUGGUAAAGUAUCCGGAAAACGGACACGACACACUUUCGGAUUUUGUGACGUUUGUCUGCCAGGAAGCCGAGAACACUCAGCAACUAUCCCAGACACAGCUAACCGGACCGCGCACCGGUAUACAAAAGUUUCCACAGUAUUAUCCAAGUUCGAUGUUGCCACCGCCACCCCCUGCUCCGAUGGCCAGACCGGUGGCGAUAAUUCGAUCAACAGGCGAGCUGGCAGCGACAACCGCCAAUUCUCCACCGACGUCCUCCACAUCGCCGACGGAUCCAUCCGAGCUCGGUCCUAACCAGGAACAGAUGACUGCCGCGGCGGCAGUCGGUCUCGUUGGUUCCGCCUGCCAGAAUUCUGUCGAAUCCGCUGGACGGAAGAGUCCCGCCAGAAUACUCGUUACACCGCACACGAGCAGAGAAUACACGUUCGCUCACUUUCAUUCACAACCCGGACAGCAAAUCUUCACGUAUCCGACCAUUAGCUCGAUGUCCGGCGUAAUUUCGCCGACUAAUCUAUCUUUGUUUUCGUCUCCUGUCUCCGUUACGAGACCGGUCGCCACUCAAAGAUCAGUCUCGAAUGUUCCACCACGUUGGAAUACCGCACCGUUUAUUAAUUUGGAAGACGACUACAAUAUGAUCGCGCCGAUCAUCGCUGGGACCACCAGCGAGACACCAGCUGCUAUGGAUGAAGAACGAUAUUUUCAUCCAGUGCACACGAGUGGCGUAGUGGACAAAAAUGGCAGUAAUCUAAUAGGAAAUGAACUCGGCGUGAACACAGAUCCUACGUCCCAUCAUCACCAACAACAACAACAACAUCAGCAGCAACAUCAGCAACAACAGCAGCAGCAGCAACAACAACAACACCAGCAACAACACCAACCACAGCCCCAACCACAACAACAACCACAACAGCAACCAUCUUCGCAACAACAGCAGCAAGUAAUGGGGGACAAAUCCGGCGGACCGAAAUCUCCUCCGUGACAGUGGAGUCUGAAAACGGAGAGUCUCUCGAGACUCGCGAACUCGCCGCGUUUGUCGGGAUCGGUACUCAGCAUCACGUGUAACAACGAUUAUUCGGAAGCCAAGACCGAAACCGAAUUCGGGAGUGAGCGCCAGGCAGCCAUGCCUAUUCAAUUACGUGAUUUAAACUUACGGAGAAUAGAAUACUUAAGAGUUCGAUCUUAAUUAACCUAUUACGAAGCAAUAAUAUAAGAGAAACGCUUUCCGAGAUAUGUAGGUAAUCGAGGAAGGAGCAGAAGUCCGUUUAUUCAUAUUUAUUGAAGUAAAAAUUGAUAUUACAUGAGGUUUCAUAUUACGACUAUAGCCAAGUACAUAGUUUUUCUAUAUAGCACGGUUAUAUCGCGGUAGAGAAUUUAUGCGACGCUCAGAAUAGCCGUUAAGAUAACGUCGUGCAUGCCUUAUCCUGCUCGAGAACAGAAAAAAAAAUUGUCGACACACACGGUGCUGUACAACAAAACGGAAAACUAGGAUCUAAGGUAUUUAGAUAAAAUACAAUACGUAUAAUUUCAAGCAAAGUUAAUUAACGCGUAGUCGAACGCAAUGUAAUUAAUACAUAAUGUAUUAAUAUUACCUAGCCUGUUACCAACUACGCAAAACUGCGUUUGUAUCGAUCGGAUACACACGAUCUAGAAUGUUCUAAAUUUUCGUUUUCUGUCUGUUUGUCUUUUUUCUGUUUCUUCUUUUUCUCUCUCUUCCUCUCUCUCUUUCUCUCUCCCCUUAUCUAUUUCUCUAUCUAUCUAUCUAUCCAUCUGUCUCAUUAUUUUUUUCACUAUCUUAAAAUACAAGCAAAAGUAAAAUGAAUUUUCUCAUCACAAUCCUUUCGAGGUUUGCAGUUACAUAGCUGUAGCAAUAUUCUUCUUCCUAGUGUAUUAUAAUACAAAAAGAUUCUCGUUAUUUUCGUAGUAAACUUUUCGUAUAUGUUAAGUUAAGAGAUAUAUACGUAAACGUGUUUUCUUUUUAAUAUAAAUGCAAAUUCGUAAUAUCUUGUACAAAUAAUUCUUAGCCAAUAUGUAACCGACGGAGCAAUAACGAUACGAACAAGCGGACAGUUACUUCAAGCACAUAAAAAAAAGUGAUAAAAAUAAUUCUCUCCUCAUCGUCCUACGAAAAGUUUUUCGGAAGAUCCGCAUUCUUAUUGCAACCGGUGUUUUUUACAUCUUACAUUGACGUUCGUUUCUUUGCUGAGAAUAAAUUAUUCUUUCGUACUUAUUCCAAGUCACGUUGGAUUUUUGAAGUAUACGAGUUUGUAAAAUGUAUUUGUAUUAUAUAUAUAUAUAUAUAUAGAAUCGUGAAUUUAUAUAGAUUUAUGUAGCGCAUUGAACCUGAUUUACGAUUUUAUUCGUAUAUAAAAUUUCAAUUUUGGAUCGAACAAGAGCGCGUGUAAAAUUUGUUAUCUUAUGUAUUGCAGAGAGAUAUGUAAAUAUACAAAUAUAUAAUUUGUUAGAUGUGUACAUGGCUUGGCGACACGUGUAUUAGAUCAUAUAUUGAAUAAUUGUUACAUGUAUGUAAUUUUUUGUGCCAAUGAAACAGCAUAUGUGUGCGCCAUUCUUUUUUAGCAAUGUUAUUAAUGAAUUGCAAAACUUUCUGAUUCAAAAUAACGCGCGAGGAAAAAUCUGUUUCAAAAAGCGAACUACUUUAUUUCAAAGAUAGAGAUCUGUCAAAUGCAGAUUUGCAUAAUUGCGAACAAAAGAGAUACGCGAUAAUAAAACGUAGCGUCAUUGCGUAACGCUCAGGUUAACGUUAAUAUUAGGAACAAAAAAACUAGUGAGAACUAGUCAUUCGAGGCUGCUAAUUAGAGACGGAUAUAAUUAGAGAUGGAUAACUAAUACGGUUUAUCGGAUAAAAUAUAAGCGCUUAAUUAUUUAAAUAUAUUAUUGAGAUGUUAUAUAUAUUAUAUUAUAAAGGUAAUGAUACAUAUAAAUAUAGGAAGUAGUCUUGCGUGAAUAAACAUCCAAGUAUGAUUACGCUACGAACAAAGUCCGAACUUUGUACAAAGUUUUUCACCAACAAUAUAUUUAAAUUAUUGCUACAAGGAAUUACACUGCUACUUAGAACUUAUUUAAAACACAUAAUCGCGGUUGAAAUUAUAUAUAUAUAUAUAAAUUUAUAAUUUCUUUUAUUUAUCUCAUUUGCUCACAAGCAAAACACUUCUUAUAAAUUCGGAAAAGAUUAAAAAAAAGAGUGUCUUUUAAUUUCUAUAAAAUUUCUCUCCUUUUAUGUGUGCGAAUACAAUGCUGAGAGAUAUUUUUAGACGCUUCGUUAUCAUCCGUAACCGCAGGAAUGUAGAUAGUGAGAAUAUUUGAUUUACACAAAGAGAAUUUAAGAAAAUGUAUUAUCUACGUAACAAAAAAAUAGUCAUUUGUUUCUUGACUUCCUUUGUCUUUUGAACGUUUAAAAUUCGGCAAAUAUAUUUAUUGGCGGUGGGGAGAGACAAAUCAAGUUUUAAACAAUUAUUUUUCAAACAAAAAAUUUUUGCGUUUGAAAAUAUCAGCAAAAUAUUUAAUUAAGUCAAAAGUCUCUUAACACUUAUAUCUUAUUAUCUUCAAAUUGAUUUUGUUAUACUUGACGUACAGCAUUAUGUUUUAUUUCCAAAAGCACAUGGACAUUGUGUCGCGUAAGAUAGACUUAUAUAAACACGAAACACUUGUUAAUGCAGUUACAAUAAAUAACUUCAUCUCUCUA